AUGGAAGGUGCACAUUUUUUCGAAGGGAUCGAGAAACUGCUGGAGGUCUGGUUCUCCAGUCAGCAGUUCGAUAAAAGCCAGGGAUCUGGGGAUCUUCGCACCAUCCCGAGAUCUGAGUUUACUUUGGAUUUCCCAGAGAGCCAAGUAAUCAAUCAGCCAGAUCAAACCCUGGAAAUUCUGAUGAGUGAGCUUGACCCAGCAAUAAUGGACCAGUUUUACAUGAAAGAUGGUGUUACCGCAAAGCAUGUCAUUCGUGAGAGUGGAAUUCCUGACCUGAUACCAGGUUCUGUCAUUUAUGCCACACUGUUCAAUCCCUGUGGCUAUUCAAUGAAUGGAAUGAAAUCAGAUGAAACAUAUUGGACUAUUCACAUCACUCUAGAACCAGAAUUCUCUUAUGUUGAGAAUUAUGUUCGUGAAACAAACCUAAGCCAGACCUCCUAUGAUGACCUUAUCAGGAAGCUUGUGGAAGUAUUCAAGCCAGGAAAAUUUGUGACCACCUUGUUUGUUAAUCAGAGUUCUAAAUGCCCCACAGUGCUUUCUUCACCCCAGAAGACUGAAGGUUUUAAACGUCUUGAUUGCCAGAGUGCUGUGUUCAAUGAUUACAAUUUUGUUUUUACCAGUUUUGCUAAGAAGCAGCAACAACAGCAGAGUUGAUUAAGAAAAAUGAAGAA